AUGGAACCUGAUAUUCCAAAAACUUCUUUUAGAACCCACCAUGGCCAUUUUGAAUUCUUGGUGAUGCCUUUUGGCUUAACCAAUACCUCAUCUACUUUUCAGAGCUUGAUGAACCAAAUCUACCUCCCUUAUUUGAGGAAGAUUAUUUUGGUUUUCUUUGAGGAUAUACUAGUGUACAGCUCUUCUUGGGGUGAUCACUUGAUACACUUGGAGAAAACCUUUGAGGUUUUGAGAACUAACACACUAUUUGUUAAACAAAGCAAAUGUACUUUUGGUGAAACUCAGGUAGAUUAUCUGGGGCAUAUAAUCUCUGAACAUGGAGUUGCAAUGGAUGGACAGAAGAUAACAGCACUACCCAGCUGGCCCCAACCUUUUUCUAUCAAAUCACUCAGGGGAUUCUUAGGUCUUACUGGUUAUUACAGACGUUUCAUUAAAGAGUAUGGGGCUAUUUCUAGGCCUUUAACUAAUCUCUUAAAGAAGGGGAAUUUUGCAUGGAAUGAGGCUGCAACUCAAGCAUUUGAAGAACUGAAGAAAUUGAUGAUUUUAGCUCCUGUCUUGGCAUUGCCAGAUUUCUCUAAGGAAUUUAUUGUAGAGACUGAUGCUUCAGAAGAUAGUAUUGGUGCAGUACUUACUCAAGAAAUCAGACCUAUUGCUUUCUAUAGUAAGGGAUUAUCUGAAAAGAACAAGGCCUUAUCAGUAUAUGAGAAAGAGUUGUUGGCAUUGAAAGGGAAAGACAAUAUUGCUGCAGAUGCUUUGUCAAGAAAAGAGGAACCAGCUCAACUCUGCAGUAUCUCAGGAGUUCAGGUGGAUUUGUUAGAAGAAGUCAAGCAAUCCUGGCUCAAGCAAGAUUUUUAUUGGAAGAAAAUGAAGCAAACAGUCUACACUUUUGUAAGAGAGUGUGACACCUGUCAAAGAUGCAAAAAUGAGAAUGUAGCAUACCCAGGUUUGCUACAACCAUUACCUAUUCCUGAUAAGGUAUGGCAAGAUCUUUCCAUGGACUUCAUUGAGGGGUUACCAAAGGCCAAAGGCAAGGAGGUGAUUUUUGUGGUAGUUGACAGAUUGAGUAAAGUUGCUCACUUCAUGGCUUUAAAACACCCUUACACUGCAUUAGAGAUGGCUCAGGUAUUCAUAGAUAAUGUUUUUAAACUCCAUGGUAUGCCUAAAUCUGUGGUGUCUGAUAGAGAUGUGAUUUUCACCAGUAAAUUUUGGAAAGAGCUGUUUAAAUUGCAGAAGGUGUCCCUGCUUACUUCUACUACGUAUCACCCUCAGACAGAUGGACAAACUGAGGUGGUAAAUCGAUGUUUGGAAUGUUAUUUGAGAUGCAUGAUAAGUGAUAGACCUCAAGAAUGGCCCCAGUGGUUACCCUUGGCAGAAUGGUGGUACAACACUGCCUAUCACUCAACUAUCAAGAUGACACCUUAUGAGGUUGUUUAUGGUCAGAAACCACCCCCUCUUUUACCCUAUAUGCCACUUGAUUCUCAAUUAGAAGUGGUAGACAGAAGCCUACAAGUAAGGGAGGCCACAUUGAGGACAGUCAAGUUCCACUUGUUGAGAGCUCAGAAUAGAAUGAAGUCCCAAGCAGAUAAAGGUAGAACUGAUAGGAACUAUGAGGUAGGAGACUGGAUUUAUGUUAAACUGGUGGGUCCAGUAGUUUAUACACUGGCUCUACUUGCUCACUCAAAGAUCCAUCCCACUUUCCACAUAUCUCAGCUUAAGAAGAAGCUUGGUUCUCAUCCAGUCUCACCAGUUCUUCCUAUUGUUCAUGCUGAGCAUGGUCAUGUGUUACUCGAACUAGAAGCUAUCUUGGAUAAAAGGUUGGCUCCCAAGAAUGGCAAAGCUACGGCUCAGAUUCUAGUGAAGUGGUUGAAUGCAACACCUAAAGAUAGUACAUGGGAAGAUUGGCAGGACUUCUAG